AUGGUCGAAAAGCACCACGCGGUUCGUCGAGAAACAGAAAAGAGCAACACAGCAGUUACAUUUGUACCCCCCUACUCGUGCAGAUUGAUUCUACGUCCCCCCUCUCUAGCUUUGCGUUGCCGGGGAGCUGCGAGGCCAGUCCUGCUGAUCCUCAGGCAACCCCACGGAAUCCGGCUGUUCAAGAUGGUUGCCAUGCGCCAGUACCAGGUGGUCGGCCGCAAGGCCGUCACGGAGAAGGAGCCGAACCCGCCCGUAUACCGGAUGAAGGUGUUCGCGCCGAACGAGGUGACCGGCGCCUCUCAGUUCUGGUACCUCAUGCACCAGAUGCGUAAGAUGAAGAAGACCACCGGGGAGAUCCUCGACAUCGUGGAGCUGACGGAGAAGAACGCUCGCAUCAUCAAGAACUACGGCAUCUGGCUCCGUUACGACUCCCGCUCCGGCACGCACAACAUGUACCGCGAGUACAGGGACCUCACCCUGACCGGCGCCGUGGACCAGAUGUACUCGGAGAUGGCUGGCCGCCACCGGUGCCGCCCUCGCUCCAUCCAGAUCAUCCGCACGGGCAUCGUUGCGGCGAAGGACACCAAGCGCCCGGACGUGCAGCAGUUCCACAACGCGAACAUCAAGUUCCCCCUCACUCACCGCCUCCCGCGCGCGCCGAAGAAGAAGUUCAGGACUACCUUCAAGGCGUCGCGUCCCACCACCUUCUUGGGCUAAAUAAAGCUUAGACCGGAGCAGCUCCGCGGACUCCUCAGUUUUUGACGAAAGGGUGCCGGGUUUGGGGGAGGGGAGAGGGAGACCCUGUUCGUCCGUCUGCUUUAGAUGGCACGCGCGUGUCAUCUCGACUGAGGCAAUCGGUAGUUGUUGAUACACCGGUCCUCGUAGCUGUUUUUGCGGCGGCGGAUAUCGGCGGUGUGUCGUGGAUGGGUCUUGGUCUUCCCAUCGGCAGCAGGAUCUAAAAAAAAAAUAACCAAAAAAUUGCUCAAGCUUGCUGAGUCUGUGGUGGUUGGCAGCAAUGAGCAAGCGUUUUUGCUAUCGAUCACACUGCGAAAGAGAGGAAACAAGCGGUGGAAGAC